AUGGCUUUUCAGGGAAUCAAAGGUCCUUCUUACAGAUUUUUCCAUGGAAACACCAAAGAAAUCAUGAGUAUGAAAAUGGAAACUAUGGACAGGCCCGGAGACUUAUCUGUGAACGUAUUUUCUGCAGUUCAACCUCAUAUUCACACAUGGACCAAGAUAUAUGGGAAGAUUUAUCUUCAAUGGCAUGGUUCUCAAGCUCAGUUGGUCGUUAUGGAACCCCAGUUGUGCAAAGAGAUACUAAAUAACAAAGAUGGAGCUUAUCCAAAAAGGAAGCUCCAAGGCUUUGUCAAGAAGCUAGUAGGAGAUAGCAUGGGGACAAGUACAACUGAGGGGGGGAAAUGGGGGAAACUUAAAAAGCUGGCCAACCAUGCCUUUCAUGGAGAAAGCUUAAAAAGUAUGAUCCCAGCAAUGACAGCUAGUGCCGAGAUGAUGUUAGAAGAGUGGAAAAAUCAUGAAGGAAAAGAGAUUGAAGUUUAUGAACAAUUUAGGUUGUUCACUUCAGAAGUGAUUUCCAGGACGGCAUUUGGCAGCAGUUACAUAGAAGGAAAGAACUUUUUUGACAAUUUGAUGAAGUUAUCAUCUUUAUUAGUCAAAAAUUCUUUAACAGUCAGGUUUCCAGGCAUCAGGUUUUCAUCUUAUCUAUGUUUGUAG